AUGUCUGAAUACCAUUUGGAGUCGUCGGUUCCGAGGAAAAGACAGUCUUUUUCAACCAAUUUUAGUCAACAGCAAACAGGCCAGUAUUUUAAUGGAACAACAAACAUACUCUCGGCCUUGGACACAAACAUCCCAUCUGCCUCCUCAAUCAAGCGCAAAAGGCUUAGUUUACUGCCUAAGAAUGUCAACAUCGGCGCUCCAAGACUGCUCAACCAGCCUAGUGCUCAAAAGAGACAAAGCUCGUUUGGCCUUUCGCAACACGCUCCCAGUGUGCAAGAUCUGGUGCAAAGAUCCCUUACCAGAACAGGAAUUCCUGCUCCCGGAAGCGUAAACAGACGCAGAUCUCUGGCUCAGCAUCAGCUUCCUCCAUCGUCCAAUGGCAGGCUGUUUGAGAACUCCGUGGUGAAUACUCCAGGUGCCAAUUAUAUGACACCAACUCAACCCAGAGACCCACGUCCACUACGGGACCGCAAUUUCCAACUCAAGAUGCAACAGGAACUGUAUGCAUUUUUGUCCACCAACAAGUUUGACAUUGAGAUGAAACAUCCCUUGACCAACAAGACUUUGAAAAACCCCACACAAAAAGACUUUGUGCUCAUGUUCCAAUGGCUUUACAAGAAGAUCGAUCCAGGGUACAAAUUUCUGCGUUCCAUUGAGCAAGAAGUGUACUCUCUGUUGAAGUUCUUGGAGUAUCCGUAUUUGGACACCAUAAACAAAUCACAGAUAAGUGCAGUGGGUGGCUCUAAUUGGCAUAUUUUUCUGGGUAUGCUUUACUGGAUGCGUCAACUUGUUGGUGAAAGCCUUGAUCUCGAUAGCGUUGACCUGGACAAUUUCCAGGAAGCGCAAAAUUUGCCUCAGAACAACUCGUUCCUUUAUGACGAUUCCAUUAAUGACUCUGUUGUGAUGAAAGAGCAGGAUCUCGUUGAUAAACUUUUCACCAAGUAUGCUCUGAAAUCAUACAAAUCUUAUAUGUCCACCGGUGGCUCCAACUUCGACUCAUAUUACAAAGAGAUGGAGAAGGAAUAUCACGGGUUUUUGAAAGAGGUCACUCAGAGGUUACAUUCUAUCGAGGAGGAAAACAUUGAGCUGAACAGUAAGGUUGAAAGCCUUUCAACGCAGGAGGAAAAAAUGCGUGCUAAUCACGAAAAGUCUAGACUGUUAGAGCUUGAUGUGUCUCGGUACCAAGCGUUUAUCGAUGCCCAGAUGCAAAAGAAACUCAAGUGGCCUACCACUAUCAUGAAGAUCGAAAAAGACAUUGAAUCUAUCAAGGAAAAGCUUGCAAAGUCUGAAGAGGCCAAAUCCCAGAUUCUUUCGAGCCUCAGUUCGAAAAACUUCACUGUUCAGGCCAUAGAAAUGAUGCACAGAGAGCGCGCCCAACUGGCAAAAGAUAUCGAUUCCGUGGUGGACAAGAGCAAUUCGGUACAAAAGACUGUCAACGAGAAAUUCUUGAGUUUAAGAAAAGCCUACGAAGGAUUAGAGAAGCUUAUCGACUCGUACAACUCUUACAUGUAUAACCUGCUUCAUUCGAUCACUUUCAAAGAAUUACCACAGAUAACCAUCACCGGGUUCACGGAGGAAGUGAUAAAUGAUGACUCGAAACUUGGUAGGAAGCCGGAUGAGAUUAUUCCUCAACUCAAAGAAUUGAACAUUAGAACUAACCUCACCGUGUUGAAAUAUGACUUGGUGGAAGCUCACCGUAAGAACCAGGACACCUUGAUCAAAUUGCAUGAACAGCUUGAUAACCAACAGCAGGAGCUGACGGCCAAAGAGUAUGCGAUCCACGACUUGGAGUCUGAGCUCGCCAGCUUCCAAGCCAUUGACAAGGACACCAAAGAACAACUGGAAUACGAGCUCUCGACCAAAGACGCUGAAGUGGAGGCCGACCAAAGCACAAUCAGAAACCUACAAAAGAGAAUGCUGGCCGACCGCAAGGCAGUGGAAGCCAGACACUUUAAGGCCAAGGCAGAGCUUGACAAGUUUAAGAGCGAUUUGAAGUACCAAUACUUUUCAUUUUUCCAUAGAAUCGGAGACUGUAUGAACCAAACUCUGAACUUCAAGAACGAUAUCACCGCCAGCUUGGAAUCGAUGAACACCAAGAUUGUGAACGAGUACCAAGAGCACAUCGAACUGAGCAAACUCAAAUACGUGUGA